UUACUCGGGAAGAAAAUGAAGAGUAGUGCCAGGCCUUGGAGUGCAAUAGCAAAGCAAGGGAGCCAUGGGGUUGACAGAGGAAAACCUCUUUCCACCACCUCCACAGGAAUGAAGACAUCCAAAUCCUCCUCCUCCCUUGCCUUUGAAUCCCGGCUCAGCAAGCUGAAGCGGGCGAGCAGCGAGGACACGCUCACAAAACCUGGGGCAGCAGCAGCAGCCUCGGGAGUCUCCAGGCUGAAGAAGACCAUCACAACAGGAGCCAUUUCAGAGCUUGCUGAGAGUCGGCUGAAGCCCAGCACAGGAACAGUUCCGUCUGCGAAGCGCACGGGGAUCCCCGCACCCCGGGAAUUGUCCUCCUCUGUGUCCAGGGAGAGAGCUGUGCUGCGUGGUCAGGCCAACACCAGGAAAACACAGCCCAGCCCCACCUCUUCUGGUGCACCAACUCCUACCAAACACGUGCGCCCCACCAGCAAGUCCAAGCAAGAGAAUGAAACCGGUGACAAGGCUGUUCUGGAAUCUCAGGUUAAAGAACUCCUGGCAGAAGCAAAGACAAAAGAUUCGGAAAUCACCAAACUUCGUUGUGAGUUGAAGAAAUGCAAAGAGAAAGGGUCACUCAGUGCUGAAGGAAUGGGUGCUUCCAACCAAAAUUUAGAAACAGUGUCGCCUGUUGACAUAGAUCCAUUAAUAAGGACCCUUCAGGAGAAAAACAGGACUUUCCAAAAAGAGCUUGCUAGCCUGGGAGAAGAAAACCGUGCUUUGAAAGAGAAAUUGCUUUAUCUGGAGAACUCCCCUCUCUCAGACACAACCACAAGCAGUGGAGGCGACAGCAGCCUCCCAACCCCAACUACCCAAGAGUCAAGUUUUGGAAGCCCAUCCAAGAACGUGUCGAGGGCUGAGGCGGAGGAGCACAGGCAGCACGGGAGCGCCGGUGCCCUGAGGAAUUCCAGCUCUUCCAGCAGCGAUGUCACCAAAGCCUCCCUGUCACCCGACGCGUCCGACUUCGAGCACAUAGCAGAUGUCCCUUCCAGGCCAGCAUCCACCAGCAGCAACCACUUCAAAGGCUCCAAGUGCUCCACUGCAGGAAGUUCUCCAAACAAUAUCAGCGACCUCUCCGUUGCGUCUCUCACGGAGAGAAUACAAAAGAUGGAGGAGAAUCACCACAGCACAGCAGAAGAGCUGCAGGCCACUUUGCAGGAGCUGUCGGAUCAGCAGCAAAUGGUGCAGGAGCUGACAACAGAGAAUGAGAAGCUGGUGGAGGAGAAAGCUCUCCUGGAGACUUCCUUCCGUCAGCACAGAGAUAGAGCCGAGCAGCUGAGCCAGGAAAAUGAGAAGCUCAUGGCUCUCCUCCAAGAGAGAUCCAAGAAUGAAGCUCAAGAGGAGAAGGUCCUCGAACUGGAACAGAAAUGUGCAGAAGUUCUUGAAAAUGCACAGUUUGAAAGAGAGAAACUGCUCAACAUUCAACAACAAUUAACCAGCAGUUUGCGAAGCUUAGAAAGGGAGCAUCAGGAUGCCCAGCAGGUGAUAAAGAGCCUGAGAGAAGAAAAUGAGAAGUUGCUUAAACUUCUAGAAGUGGAGCAGCAGAGCAACAGCACAGUGACAGAAAGUCUGGAGGACUGUAAAAUUGCCUUGGAAGGUCUGAAAAUCGAGAAUGGCUCUCUCAAAACUCAGCUGGAGAAUGAGAAACAAAAGGCUGCAGAAAUCAACGUGAUGGGCUGCACCUCUGACAACUCAGAGGUGCAGGAGAUGCUCAAAGUAGCCCAUGCAGAAAAGGCUCAGUUAGAAGCCUCUUGCACUGAGCUGAAACAAGAGCUGCUGAAGGCAAACAGUGAACUGAAGCACAUUCAGGGGCUGCUCUCUAAGGCUGAGAAUGAGUAUGGUCAACUAAAGGAGGUGUGUGACCGACAGGCUGAGCAACUGAGCAGAACCAGCCAGAAGCUGCAGGAGAAGACAUCAGAGAAUGAAGCAGAUAUCAAAAACCUGAAAGAGACCAUUUUCGAGUUGGAAGACCAGGUGGAACAACAUCGUGCUAUAAAACUCCACAACAACCAGCUCAUCAGUGACCUAGAAAGUAAAGCAAUGAAGCUGGAAGAACAAAAACAAGAUACAGAGAGGCAGCUGAAGGCUCUGACUAAGCAGAUGAAGGAGGACACAGAGGAGUGGAGGCGUUUCCAGGCUGACCUGCAGACUGCAGUGGUUGUAGCCAAUGACAUAAAGUGUGAAGCUCAGCAGGAGCUCCGUGUGGUGAAGAGGAAGCUGCAGGAGGAGGAGGAGAAGAGUGCCAGGCUGCAGAAGGAGCUGGAUGAAGUGAAGGGCAGCAACAGGCUGGCAGCUGAGGAGGUGGAUUCCCUGGAGUCAGAGGCAGCCAGCCGCUGGCAGGGGGUCUGCCUCAGCAGAGCAUCUCCCACGCCUCCAGAGUCUGCAGCCACUGUGAAGUCACUGAUAAAGUCAUUUGACCUGGGAUGCUCAGGUAGCAGUGGACAAAAUAUCCCAGUUCACAAGGUGCCCAGGAGCCCUCUCAGUGGAAUUCCAGUGAGGACAGCCCCAGCAGCUGCUGUUUCCCCAAUGCAGAGACAUUCUGUGUAUAACAAUGCCAAGCCAGCCAGCAAGGGCAUUGCCAGACAUGCAGAUCUGUCAGACCUCCCUCUGGCAGACCUUCUGAAGGGGAGGAACGAGGAGCUGAAACCAGACCAUUACCUCCGCAAAAGCCCCUCCCUGGAAUCCCUGAGCAAACCCCCCAUGGCCUUCAGCAGCAGGAUGCUUUCCUCUACCCCCAGCUGCUUGAAACCCCAAAGCAAACUCAGUGUGGAGAGAAAAGACCCCCUGGCAGCCCUGGCUCGGGAGUAUGGGGGUUCCAAGAGGAAUGCUUUGUUGAAAUGGUGCCAAAAGAAGACUGAAGGUUACCAGAAUAUUGAUAUUACCAACUUCAGCAGCAGCUGGAGUGACGGGCUGGCCUUCUGUGCUCUCCUGCACACAUAUUUGCCUGCACAUAUUCCCUACCAGGAGCUCAACAGCCAGGACAAGAAGAGAAAUCUGCUGUUGGCAUUUCAAGCUGCUGAAAGUGUGGGCAUCAAACCCAGUCUGGAGCUCAGCGAGAUGCUGUACACGGACCGGCCCGACUGGCAGAGCGUCAUGCAGUACGUGGCCCAGAUCUACAAAUACUUUGAGACCUGAGCUGCAGAGCAAGAGGUGGACACACGUGGGGAAGAGAACAAAGAAUGCUACAGAUGCACUCGAUCACUUUAAAAACCUGCUUGCUCCUCUUCCACAACCAACCUAAGCUCUUCCGUAGUUUUGAUUCCAUCUGGGACUGCAACCAAAUAAUUCCCUGUUGUCCACCUUUGCAAACCAAAUCCAUUGGUAAGUUUACUUGCAAAGCGUUUCCAAGCACACAUGGGAUAUUUCUGAAGAGGAUCCCUUGGGCUAGCAACAUUUGCCGUGACAGGAGACCUGCUAUACAAAGAAGUUUUGAGUCAAUGUGGACUAUGCUGGCACUCAAAGCAGGCUGGGAGAUGAAUAUUAAUACAAAAGCUCACAAAAAUGCUCUUCUUGCCAAAAACAUGCUUAACUCAUCCCAUGUACAUGUUGUUUUCUUGCCUCCAUAUAUUUUAUAAAACACCUUGACAGAUACACUUAAGUUGUAGAACCCGGAGUUACUGUCACACAUCUCACCCAAUAACUGCACUAAUUUACUCAUAGCAUAACCAGCAGGAUGGUAACAGGGUCAUUUGUAACUCAGAAACCACCCUCUGUUCAUCACCAGUUAGUGAAAUAACUCUGAAAGAUCCUGUUAGGUGCUGGGACUUCAUUUCAGCUCAAACAGAAGCAAUCUCUUUGAGGAAAAAUAGGUUAAUGACUCCAACUUCAUUACUUGAUUACUCCGGGAAGCCAGAGCUUGGUUUCCUGGUUGACUGUGCAGGCACAACUAUCACAGGAACAUUGCAAAUGCAAUUUAAUAGCUUUAGUUUGGAAGGUGACAGUAAUCAGGUGAGCAAUACAGUGACAUCUCAGAUUUUUUGUGGAUUGAGUGGAGUAACUUCUUCCUUCUGUGCUGCUGCUGUCUGGUCAGCACAGCGAUGUCAUUGGUGCCAGCCUGUGCCCUGGGCCAUGAAAUACAUCCCACAGAGCACUGGUACAGGCUUGGAAAUGAUGUUAUGCUGUAAAGAACACAGCCAUAUAUCAGUACCAAUGGAAGGUGCAAAAUUCACUCACAAAAUUCACUCCACAAAUUACAAACAACGUAACUGGAACCCGUCUGCCAUGGAAAUCAGGUGCCACAGAGCAGCUUCCCACCUCAGUAAUGCUGUUAGGAGAAUGUCUGAGACACUGCUAAAUGUCCUUUAUUCUGGAUCUCUCAUUUCACCUGAUGAAGUUCAUUUUUGUGUUUGUCUCCAAGGAUGGAAGCAUCCAACAGGCUGCUGGAUUUGUUCUAGGAGCAGGUCUGGGAGAGCAUGUAAAGGCUGCCUGGCUGCUUUAGGGCAUGCUGGUAGGACAAAGUUGGUGUUUAGUUACUGUGCUUAACCCUGAUGCUUUGUGGACAUUAGUCCUAGGGAGCUAGGGAUCAUUUCUCUCUUGCAAAAAACACUAGUGCUCACUGCACCUACCUCCUGGAAAAAGGCUCAUGAAAUGGAAAUGAGAGAUUUCACAGAAUAAAAUCGGUUUCAGACUUUCAAGGGCUUUGCAGGUGGCUGAUCUCAGCCUCUGGCUCCCCAUAGUGCUUUGUUGUUUGAUUUGAUUUUACUUUGUAAUGCUAUUAAAUUAAUAAACAACAUAUUUCAGACUUGGUGUCCUCACAGCAAAAUACAGGAUUCAGGAAAAGAUGGUAGAGCCCAGGGCCAGGGAGUGCUUAGAACAGAGAGGAUGCUGGAGGAAGGCAGUUUUGGGGGAGGAGAAAAUCAUCACUUGCUCUUGGUUUUAGUCUGAAAUUUAUUCUAAUCCAUUGCCUCUGGGAAAGUCCAAUUCCACUCUUUGGAGAGGCUGUGUGAUAAAAAUGGACAGGGAAGUGCCCUGCCAGUGCCCCUGCACACUGUGAGUGCUGCCACAGGCAGUUCUUGCAGAGGAGCCCUUCCUAUGUGGAAUUCACUCUCCAGGAUUUCUCAGCACACCCUGCUGUCCACAGAGAACCCAAGAUGAGUUGCUCUCCCUGCUCUCAGAUACAGGAUAAGAUGGAAGAGGAAAACUCUGCUGAGCAAAGUUCCUUGAGGCACUUACACUGCACAGCCCUGUUGCCUCGUGGAUGCAGCAGCUCUUUUCCCUGGAGGUGUCCCUUGGCAGGGAGCCCAAUUCUCUCCAGCAGGCUGUAGUUCAAAGCUGGAGUGAAGUCAGCACAGAAAAUUCCAUAUUCCUCAGUGGGCUUUGGAUUGGGCACUUGCAGGGAUGAGAAAAACACUUUUAAUUCCCAGUGUCUGGUAAACAUCUCAAAGGCAGAGUAAAUCAUGUAAAAAAAAGGGGAAUUUUAACCCUGUGGUCACUGGAAGAGUGUCCAGUGUGGCUCAGUGUCCACUGGGUGUGUGUUACCUCCUGUGAGAGCAUCCCCUGCUCCCAGGGCUCUUCUGAUACUGCUCUGUCUCUCCAAGGCUCAUGAUACCCCAACAGACCAUUCUGUGGGAUCCAGCAGCUUUUUUUUUUCCUAAAUAUUUGUGCAAAACAAUGUUUCUGUCAUCUCUUUGCAGCCUGCUCUCCCAUGCCCUCCAGUAGCAUAAUUCUAUCCAAUUCUAGUGGUAUAUUUCUAAUUUUUUUACAUAGCUAGGAGUUAGAACACAAAGUUGUAGUAGGGAAGAAGAUACUUGGUUUUACCUUUUUUUCAGUGUUACUGUUCUGUCCUCAAACCUGCAAAACAUCUCAUUUUGAUACUUUGAGAGAUGCUUUUCCAGAUUUUUUUAAAACUAAGGAUAUUUUUUCAUUUAACUGUUACAAUAUUGGGGGGUCUUCCUUUUAAACCUUGCACAGUUACAUUUCUAGACCUGGAUUUUCACAAGUUGCUGCUGUUUUUUCAUGCUGCCUUAAAAUUUCAAUACGAAUUUAAAUUUAUCCUACACAACAUGCUGCAGACUGGCCUGGUUUUCAAAGACUCCACAGGCCCUUGUGAGACAUCUCAGAUCAGAGCUGCAGAAUUAAAGCUCGAGCUGCCUUUAAAGUUAGGGAAUUUAGUUAAGUUAAGCAAGAGGGUAUAUGGAUAGUCUUUAUAGAAGUCCUGAGAAUUCUCUGAAAGUGUCCUGGAUGUGAUGAUAUGACAAGGAUGGUGUUGAGCAGUAGAUUUGCCUGAACUGCCUAAAUCCUUUCUGACUCUGCCUCUUAGGAGUAAUGGAUCUUUCCCUGGUGUGCAGGCAGAUAAAUCUUGUCCCCUGCUCUCUGAAUUGUCACUCACAGGCACCACCUGCCCCUGCCCCUGGGUGUGCCUGGGGAGUCUGUGGGACUGCAGGGAACCAAGGAGCUGAUUUGGGAUGAGCAUGUGAGAAGAAGGGUCAGGAAGGGGUUUCAGUGCCAGUCCAUGCAGGGAUGUGGCAGCGUGUGGCUGUUGUACUGUAGUGUCAGAAAGGAGAUUUGAGUGUGCGAGGUGCAGCCUGGCUCCUGGGAUUUCAGGUGACACAGAGAAGGUGCACAUUGUUUCAUGGCUUGGGAAGGUACAGAGGUGUGAGGAGCGAGCCCAGAGUCAGCCCUGUGAGGAGGUUUUCUAAAAGGGCUGAGGAGCUUUUUCAGAAAGUUCCUGGUGAGACAGGGAGAGCCCAGCAUGUGAGGAGAGGGACAGGGGACAGACACAGCUGGGGCUCUUUGACAGCAAAGGACGUCAGAGAAUCUGUGUGGGCUGUCAGGUUGAGGGACAUUCCUCCUAAGAGUGCAGCCUGGGGGGUCUGAGCAGAUGAGGAGAGAACACAGCACAGGGGCUGCCUUUGCCAGGCUCCCCUUCUGUGCCCGUGACAGUCGUGGCAACACGAAGGGGACAAAGAGUUCCUGGUCCUUCCUGCACUGCAGCAAGGCAGCCGUUCUAAGCAGAGGGAUUUGGGGCUUAAGCAGGGCCCCUUUGAGUUUUGGCAAUUUCAUUUCUAUGAUCUGAAGUUGGUUUUUACAGGUUUUCUCUCUUGUUUUGUAUGUGCAACCAGUUCUGUGCAAGUUUUCUAUCCGCACCAAAUGCAAGCGGGCAGAAUGAUUGGUUAUUCCCAGUUUAAUUCCUGACCUGGAACUCCUCAAAACUCCACCUUUUGGCUUCCCUGACUUUCCCCCUUCUUUGACAAUGACCACACGAGCCUGGGCUUGUUGGUUUGUUCAUACCUCCCUCAUCCUGCUGUGCUGGGGGUGCCAGCAGCAAGGAUCUGACUGGGCCAGCUCUUGGCAAGGCUGAAGCUUUGUGCAUCUGCUCACAGGCAGGGGCUGUAUGGGAUGAGAUUAUGCAUUUUCCUGUCACAAGAGGGCUUUUUGCCUAAAAAGACUCAGGGCAUGGAGCAUUGAGACAUUUUUAAACCCAGCAAUAAGUUCUACUAUGCUCAGCUAUGUUGGUUUGUACCAACUCCAGUGCCAUCGACGCUCGCUCACCGACAAGGUGCAGAACCAGCUUCUCACUGAACUGCAAGUAACUUUUUUUUUCUCAACUGAUGGUCUCUCAAUUUUUGACUUGCACGUGUGCCAAGUCCCAUUGGGCAGAGCUGGACACAAUGUUUUUAUUGACUCUUGGUCCAGGCUUGAGUUUGUCAUACGGGAUGAUCACCUCUGACAGUUUUAGCUUUCCCUGUUGGGUACAGAUGUUACAUCGUAAUCUAAUUUAUACAAAGAGCACAUUAGAAUGUACAUACUAAGCAUUGCAGAUUUGGACAUGCUAAUAUUUAAAUAUUAACAUUAUUAAAAUGUAUGAUGCAAAAAUCUGUGUAAUAUUUCUAAUAAAUCUUUUUCUGUUUCUGA